AUGGUAUUUUGGCAUAUUUAUACACUGUCCCUUAGUAGUGAAAUAUUUCUGGGUUCAAGUAGCCAUAAAGAUGAACGCAAAAACUUAAAAUGCUUCGGUCGAAGUCGUGACCCAACGGUCUUAUGCGCAGAAAUCCAGGCCUUCAAUUUCACUCAACUCCCACGAAUUUCGGUGAUUUCAGGAUAUGGAACCCGUAAAAUACACGGCGACAGCGAAUGCGACGUCACGAUUUACGGAUUAACAAACCAGUGUGUGCGAGAAACGUCUCCUGGAAAAGCUGGCGAAGAGCUCCUUACGUACAUAGAAAAUGCUUUUUCAUUGUUAUCACUUCGUUUUGUAUUAACUGAAAAUUAUGAGGAAAUUUCAAAUCUUCCUAUAUUGAAUGCAGAAUUACAAAAGACACUAGACAUGGCAUGUCUAAGGCGCGUGCGUGCGUGCGUGCGUUCGCGCGCGUGCGCGGCAGCAUCUGCGCCGCACACGCGGCGACGACGCGACGUCGCGUCGGCGUCGCUCGCGUCCCGACCCGACCCGUCCCGUUCCGUUCCGGCGCGUCGCGUCAGCUGGCCGCGACGUGUGUCUGCGCCUGCAAAACCGGCCUGCGGGCGGCCCAGGGUCGACACGCCCACGCCCACGCCCACGCGGCGCGUUUCACUGCCGUCGCCCGCGCGCCUGCCCGGAGCCCUCCCUCCUUGCCCCUUCUCGCCCUGGCCACCCCUUCCGCCAAGAACGUCGUCACCGCUUCUGUUGCAUCAGCUGCAAUUUCCGCGCGUGGUCAUUGCUCGCUUCUGGCCGCGUCCUUCGCUCUGCCUUUUUCUUCGCUCGGAAGCUGCCGGCGGCAGCGCCGUGCCGGCUCGGCACGGCUCGGCUCGUCGUGGCGCGGUGCCGGUAAGACCCUCUACUACAAGUAUUUGCUGCAAUUACUUGCCUCGUGAUGUGGAAUCUAAUAACAAUUGUGACAGCAGUAAUGUGCACAGUAGGGAGAGAGACAUUAACAAUAUCGAUCGGUGGCGUGUAAUCAUCGUCGAUGUCGUUGUCGACACUGACCUCGUCAGCUUCACGUCGCAUUCACGGCUAACACUACGGAUAUUAAGGAAGUCGUCAUUGUUGUCACCGUCGUCUUCGUCGACACUGACCAAGUCAGCUUCAUCGGAACUUUUGACGUUAGCGACGCAGUCGGUAUCAACGAAGACGUUGCCUCCGUCGCAGUCCUGGCCUAAAGCACGGAUAUUAUGGGCAAAGCCGUGCCCGUCGUCACUGACGAAGUCAGCUUCGUUGGUAUCUUUGGCUCCCGCCCAAAAGCACGGAUAUUUAGGGCAAAGACGUCCCCAUCGUUGCCUCCGCGCCGUUGUCGUUGCUACAGCUUUUGCUGAUUCCAUUGCCGAUGCCCUGCCGCCACCGCGAGUGGUGCUGCCGCGACAGUCGUCGUCCUUGCCGUUGCCGCCCCCACCUCGACCGCCACCGCCUGUCGUCGCCCGGGGCCUCAUGCGGGUCGCCACCGCCCGGGGCGUCGCGGGCACGGGACGCGGUGCGGGCCGGCGGAGGGAGGCAGAAGCUUCUCUAAUUCGCGCUGCUCCAGCAUGCAACCUUGGGCGUAAUCGUUAA